AUGAGAUAUGAAGAAUAUCUAUUAGGUGUUCCAAGAGAAGACAGUGGAACACAACUGGACUCUGUUGCACCAGGAAAUAAUGGUUCGAUCGUAGCUUCUGUCGCACUAGCAGACCGUUGUAUUGCUUCUUCGGCUAAUGCUACUGAAGUUAAUGAUUUGGCUGUUGCUUCUGAUGCAGUAGUAUCCGGAAGUGUGCUCGCUGCUUCUGUUGUUUUGCAUGCAGAGAAAGGUAAGAGUGUGGAAGGUGUGAAUGGUUCAUUUGUGUUUUGGAGUCGAAAGAAUUUCAUAUUGCGAGAGAUAUCAGGUAUUGAAAUAGAAAGUCAUGAGACAAUUUCCUACGGAGGUCGAGACAAAACGUUAGCAGAAAUUUUAGCUCAUUAUUCGUGGAUACCUAAAAUUGUUCUGGAGAUUUAUAUGAAGUAUUGUUUACCAUGCCAGCAUCGAAAAUCCGUAAAAACACCCGUUCUGGUGGUGUUGCAAAAAAAACUACGUGAAUUAUUUUUUACAUUUGGUCCACCAAAACUAUUACAUUCGGAUAAUGGUGCCGAAUUCGUCGCCGAUGUCAUCACUGCAUUAAAAUUGUUAUUUCCUGAUAUGUGUUUUAUUAGAGGUCGGCGAAGAUAUCCACAAAGCCAAGGUUUGGUAGAAAGAGGUAAUGGUGUGUUUUGUGAUUCUUUGGGUAAAUGGAUGUCAUCAACGAAUUCGGAACAUUGGUCAGAUGGUCUGUUGCCUGUUGUGUAUGGAAUAAAUACACGCGUGGCAUGUGGUAUUAAAUGUACACCAUAUGAGGUAAUAUUUGGGCAGAAGCCGCAUUCAGAUUCAGAUUUUUGGCGAAUUAUUAAAGAUCAAAAUAUUGAAGAUGAAGACAUGUUACCAGUGCCGAUCGAAACACAACAAGAAUCAGGUGAAUCAACCAGUGACUAUGCACUUAUUGAUGAAGCAUUAGCCGCAGCAAAUUCUAUUUUAGUUUUUUUAUUUCGUCAUGAAAGUGUUAGACAACAAGCAACAAAUAACAUUCUAACAGCUGUUCAAAAGAAACGAAAAUUGUACGACGAACAUUUAACACAAAAAGCAAAACAGUAUAAAGUAGGAGAUUGCGUAAGUAUUCAAAUUAGCGACGUUGAUCGAACAAAUAUUGAUGUUAAACUGCUACCAUGUUUAAUUCUUUCAAAGGAUAAAAAAGACGCUGAUUUCAUUUUUAGAACAGCAUGUAAAUUUGGUAAACUUGCGAUCGCGUAUAUGGUUGAAAGCUUGAUCGAUUUGCGAUCCGCAUGUCCAACAGAUUUAAAACUAAAUGAAGUAAGUUCUCUUGGUGAAAUAACAGUAAUCGAAGCUGCAAAAUUAUUAGUUCGCGGUGCUGUAUCCGGUGUAAUAUGCGAUUGUAAGACUAAAUGUGGCACGAAACAUUGUCCCUGUAAAAAAGUAGGAGUGGCAUGCUCAACAAAAUGUCAUGUUAAACAGCGUGGAUGUUUGAAUUCAACUUAA